UUUGAAAUUUUACUAGAACGCAAGCGCACUCGACUUGUCGAACAUAACCUUACUUGAGACGAUUUAUUGCUAUCUCUCUGCAGUCAUUUGUCUCAUUUGUUAAUUAAAAAAAGAAGUAAUCAUUAAUUUUUUUACUCUUUCGUAUUCGGAUCAAUUUGUAUCGGGAAAAGAGGAAAAUCAUUUUUAUAGUUAAAUGUGAUAGGAGUGCUUCGAGUGUUUCUGAAAAAGGAAAAAAAAUAUUGAAAAACGUGCGCAACGUGUAUUUGAUUUCGUAUACAUUUGCUCAAAUAGAAUUUUUUUUUAUAAAAGGGUAGGGCGAAUGUCGUGUUUUCUCGAAAGAAGAAUAAGAAAUGUUAAUUGUGUUGUGACGGGGAGAUGAAUUUUGAAAUGGCGCUUCAAGUAAAUGAUUAUAGAGAGUCAUGAUAAUGAUUUCGACAAAAUGAGGAGAUCUUACAAUUCGGAUGUGAGGACAACGACGUCGUCGUCGACGACGACCGACGGUCUCGAAGUUACGAGACGUUUGUAUAGAAGUAUUAGUGACAUUGCCAAAAGACUCGAUGAACAAAAAAGUCAUGCCUUGACAGUGACGGAUAUUUUUACACCUUCUAGCGAAACUUUACGCACUAAAUUGCGCGAUUAUUGCGAAAGACUAAUUUUUAAGGACCCAGUUAGUCAUAUUCGUAAGACGGAGGAAUUACUUUGGAGACGAGGAUUUUAUGAUGUCGUCUCAUUGGCAAAAAAGAUACGAAAAGGUAAUGUUUGGAGUAAUGCCGAAAAAGCAUCAUUGUCAGCGCAUUUGGCUGUUGGUGUUGGUUAUUAUCAUCAUUUGAUUCUUCGACUGCAAACCGAGUGUGAUUUAGAUCUCGUUGGUGUCAUUGAUUUCGCUUAUCCCUAUAAUGAUAACAAUACAGUUAAUAUUAAAAGCAAAAGUCAACCAUCGAAACUCCAGACGGAGGAAGUGAGACAGUGCGCCAUACGUUUUAUACACAGAUGUUUAAUUUGUCUUGGUGAUUUGGCUCGUUAUAAAUUAGAUUUAGAUCCAAAUUGGGAUCCGUUGAUUGCCACUCGUUACUAUAAAAUGGCAGUUGCAAUUGAUCCAAAUAUUGGCAUGUCUCACAAUCAACUUGGUACGAUGGCUGGAAAUAAAAAUUUUGGACUAGACGGUGUUUAUCAUUACAUGAGAAGUAUUUUGUGUUCGGAACCUUUUGACGGUGCAGAGGGGAACUUGCGAAGGACAAUAGUUUUACAUUCGACGAGUGGAAAAGAGAAAUGUUUAACUCACGAAUGUAUUGCGAAAUUGCUUUCACUUCUUCAACUCUGGGAAAGUGAAGACACUAGUCCCGAACGUGUAAAUCAAGAAUGUGAGUCUUUGUUGAACACAAUUGAAAAUUGUCUAAGUCUCGAGCGAACAUUUCCAAAUAAAAAUCUUCUGAAGGAGGUAGACGAUAUUGAAACGUAUCUCCAGAAAUGUAAAAUUGACGAUUCUGUUUAUCUAAACGACGAUGUGAUUUUCAAAAUAAUGGCAAUUUGCCUCAUGUCAAUAGCAAAAUUACGCAACAAAGACUCCUGUGAUAUUAGAGGAGUAAUUGCCUUCACUUUGGCUGUUCUAUCGCAAUUAGUUAAUUCAGCAAUUUUGCGAAUUCAAGAAUCUCUUAUCGAUGUCUCCCUAGCGAAUGGAGAACACGAUUUAAAUUUACAAUUUUCCAAUUUCACUGGGGAAAUAAUAAAAGAAGAGGAUGGGGAAAUUUCUGUUCUCAAAGAAUCGUCAAACGCCAAUGACUCAUUAAAUUUAAGUAAACAAAAUGAGAAUUUAAAAACAAAUGGCAAUCACACGAAUGGAGUGAAAAAACCAAAAGAUAAAUCGAGAAGUUUAUUAACUAAAUUACGUCGAAGAAAACGAAGAAAUAGUUCUGAUUCGGAUAAUAGUGACGCUGACAAUAGAAAUGCUGUACUUUCUUCAAGUGAUGAGAUGAAUUCUGAUAUUUCCGAAACUGAGGAAGACGCUCUAAGCAAAGAGAAUCCAUUCUCUGAUGAUGCUUUAUCUGAAGAUUUAUCCGACGAAGAGGAAAUUGAAGAUAAAGAUAGUGCCAUUAAGUCUAAAAUAGCGACAGACAAUCAAAAUAAUCACAAUAUUUCAAGUGAAAAAAAUGUAGAAAAAACGGAUAUAGCAGAAAAUGGGGAUUUGAAUAAAAAUCCUAAAAGUUCAGCCCUCAUGUCUGAAAGUGCCAUAUUAAAUAUAGAAGCUAAUAGUGCUUUUGAUGAAAGUAGUGGAUCCACGAAUACAAUCUCAUACCUUGCUCAAUUGAAAAAGCCAAAAUAUCAAAAACUCAUUCUCGAUGUACUUACAUCCGAAAGUCUUCUAAGUCCCGUGAAAUUAUGCUGCGACUGGUUAAAAUGCCAUCCAGAUAUUCUAAAAACCUGCGCGAAUAAUUUAAAAACACUUCUAAAACGUUUAACAAUUUUAUUCAAUCUUAUAAAUAUUGAUCUGAAUCUACAAAAUUCGGAAAAUCCCACGGAAUUUCUAUCGAGAAUUAAUAAUUUCGAGGAGAAAUUCACGAGUGUUCCAUUGCCGGAGGACGUGAAUAUGAAAGGUUUAAAGGAUUUAGAACAAGUUCACAAGACUUUGGAUUGGAAAUUAUUGAGACGAGUGAAAAUUGACAAAAGAGAACAGACAAUAUUGAGAAAUUUGAAAUUAAUUGAAUUUGGCAAAUAUCUGUGUUCGGUGGAAUGUUUAGGAUUAUCGUACGAUGAGGAUAAAAAAUUGUUUGUCAUUAAAAAUGAGAGUGAAUUCAUUAAUAAUAUUGAGAAAGAUGGCAAAAAGUCGGAUGAUCAUCCAAGGGGUAAAUUAAUGAGACACAUGGGAAGAUUGUGGUUAAAGGCGGAAGUUCGUGCAUUGGAAAGUCGAUUGAGAUCAAGAUUAAUGUCACCUUAUUUGGUUCCGGAUCAUGAAGCGCUCGCGAAACAUACACCGGCUUUGAAGCGAUUAGUUUUUGCGAAAAAGUUUAUCAUUGUCAUCCCAUCGGUUGUUGUUUCGGCUCUGGACGAAGUGAAAAGGACGAGUGGACAGGCGAGAGAGGCGACACGAUGGUUGGAGGCUCAAUUGAGACGUGGUUCUCGUUUUCUCAGGGCACAAAGACCUCACGAAAGAUUACCAAUUCCUUUGAUAAAAGGCCCUCGAUCAAAGGAUAAAGAAUCUUGGCUCUAUUUUCAAAUUAUCGAAUGUUGCCACUAUCUCACUCAACAAUCGAAUGUCGAAGUGACUAGCGAUUCGGAAAUUCCAGUUGUCACCCUAUUAACCGGUUGCAGUGCCGAGGAGCAAAAAUUACUCACCGUCAGUCCUGAAGGUCUAGCAAAAAGUGCAGGUGUUAAUAUUGAGCAUAUUGAAGCAUUCCACACGAAAUGGAAAGCCUCAAGUAAAAGUCACGGUUGAACUUAAAUUGUCUAAUGAAUGGGGUCAGCUUUUAUCUCGCGUUGGAGCAACAAUUGACUCGCCUCCCGAAAAAGCACUGUAGUGGCUUUUGAAACUUGAGUCAAAAAGGGUUGGAAACCCGCGAUGAAAACAAAUCCUUCAUUUUUAAAAAAUAAUAAAGAUCAUAAUAUGUAAAAUGUCACUUUUUCCGUGAACAUUUUUGAAAAA